UGACGGCUACAUUGGAGGCCCUGAUCUUGCUUCACAAAACCUCCCUCAAGGCUCUGACAUGGGUCCCCAGAGGCACAAAGGGGUUAAAAACAGCAGCACCUUGCCAGAGCAGUGCACUGAAAGCAGCAGGACCUUGUCAGCCAAUGGAUCCUACUGGAUGAGUGAAGAUCUCCAGCCUCCUGAUCGGCUUCCUCCCAUUGCUGAGGAAGAAGGUGAGCCCUCCUGGAGGAUGGGAGCCCAUGAGCACAGCCUCAGCUUGGGUGGCUCCUUGCACAGUGCCAAUGGCACGGCAGGCUGUGCAGAUCUGGAUGGACUAAGCCAACUGAGUUACCAAGACAACCUCUCCUGUCGUGAAGAUGACCAUGUAUCUGUUAAUUCAAGAACAACAACCAGGAGUAGGGGCACUGGGCAGCACAAAGGGCCCAGGAUGGAGCCCAGAACUGGGGAUGGUGUCAGCCAGUCACACAGGGAAGGACGCCUGGAAAUGGAGACAGCAUUUGCCAACCAGGGAUUGGAAGUAAAUGAUGCUACUGACAGCUCAUCGGCUUGGAGCCCUGAGGAACACAACGAAGUGAACAGUGUGCCAGCUCACCAUUGUGCCCACGAGCCCAUCUGCAAAUGUGGUGACCUGGAUGUCAUCUUCACCUACAAAUCCUCAAGCCAAAAGCUGACAGCCACUGUCCUGGAGGCCAGGGACAUCCCAGACAAGGACCGCAGUGGUGUCAACACCUGGCAGGUGCACCUGGUUCUGAUGCCGGGCAAGAAGCAGAGGGGCAAGACCAGUGUGCAGAGAGGACCCAUCCCCAUCUUCCAGGACAAAAUCACCUUCAGCAAGCUGGAACCAGAGGAGCUGAGCAGCCACGCCGUUCGCUUCCGCCUCUACGCCGUGCACAAGGUGGUUGGGGAGAAGAUGAUGGGGGAGCAGCUGUUCUACCUGAGGGGCAUCAGCCAGGAAGGGGAGGUGAAGGUGACACUGCUCUUGGAGCCACGGAGUAACCUGAGUAGUGCAGAUUCUCAGCUGAGUCUGUCAGCAAUCUCUCACAGUGAUAGCGCUUCCUCAACACAAUCCCUGUCGCAUGGAGGGGUGCCAGAGCUGCUCGUGGGACUGUCAUACAAUGCCACUACAGGGAGGCUGGCAGUGGAGAUGAUCAAAGGCAGCCAUUUCAGAAACCUUGCAAUUAAUAGGCCACCUGGUAAGUACUUUCACUGCUAUCCUGCUCUCGUGGCUGGGCAGGUGUUUAUCUUUAGAGACACCUAUGGGAAGCUCUGCCUGCGCAACUCUGUGGGUCAGGAGAUGUCCCGCUGCAAGACCUCCCUCCGCCGGGCACAGCCCAACCCUGUCUACAAGGAGACUUUCAUCUUCCAGGUCGCCCUCUUCCAGCUCUCUGAGGUCACCCUGCUGAUCUCCAUCUACAGCAGGCGCGGCCUGAAGCGCAAGGAGAUGCUGGGCUGGAUCUCCCUGGGCCACAGCAGCAGCGGGGAGGAGGAGCAGAGCCACUGGCAGGAGAUGAGGGAGGCACAGGGGACACAGGUCUGCAGGUGGCACACGCUGCUGGAGUCCUAGUGGGCACAAAGGGCUGUCUCUCCUUGAUCUCUGCCAGCAGAAUCCAGCCCUGGCAGGGCACACAGCUUUAAUCUGCCCCCCCAGUGGCAGCAGCUGUGGGUAUCAAAGAUAGCAAGGCCUGGGAAGCAAGUUUAGUUCUUGCCUUACCAGCUUGCCCUGCAUUUUCUACAUCCACAUAACCCUAGUAAGAAGCAGCAGGAAUACUUGGAAAGCCCUUUCCUUGGACAUUGUCUUGCUCAUUUUUCUAUAGGUUUAAUCACCACAGACUGAUUCUGAUGUGAUGCUGUUUUCUUCUAGGGUAAACUCUCACUUCCCCCUUUUCCCUUAUUUGUAUUAAUGAAGUUUGCAAAUAUUCUUGCCACGCAGAUAGCUCACAGAAAAGCUAACCUGCAUGCAGAUCACA